CUCGUAAACAUGGCAAGUCUUUCUGUUUUCAUUGCAGUGCUGGUGCUACUAGCCUGUACCAGUGCAUAUGCCGAGGUGGAAUAUGCUCUGUUUGAGAAGUGGAUAGCUGAGUACAAUAUAGAUCUACAGCUUGAAAAACCAGAUAAACUUUGGCCUGUGUGGAAAGAAAAUGCUGAGUUUGUAUUCCACCAGAAUUCCCUUGGUCUCUCCUACAAGUUGGCUCUGAAUGAGUUUACACAUUUGACACCAAAGGAUCGUACUGGAGGAAGUAAGAUAAUGGUAUCCCCAGACACUUCACCCGCCAACUUCCAUGGAAUUGGACCUCUCCCUCCCUCUGUAAACUGGAGGAAUAAAGGAGGAGUCACACCAGUAGAGAAUCAGGGUCAAUGUGGAACAACUGCAGCUUUUGCUACGGUGGAUUCUGUCGCUUCCUUUGGUUUUGUGGAGACUGGACAACUUAAGAUGCCCAGUGUAGAGGAGUACAUUGAUUGUUGUUUAAAUGGCAGUUGCGAUGGCAGUGUAUUCAGUGUUAUGGGAUUCGAUUGCAUUGCUAAAAUGGGAGGACUAGCUUGUGAGCCUGACUACCCUAUGAAUGGCAAUCAUACGUGUAAAAGCAAUGAAGUCAGACCAUGUGUGGUCAUCAAGGGAGGUAGUCAAGUGAUGCCUAAAGGAGACGAAAUGGCUCUUGCUGCUGCUCUAGUGAAGCAACCGAUUGCAGUUGGUAUCGAUGCAAGUCAUUUAUCGUUCCAAAUGUAUUCGAGUGGAAUUUAUUACGAGCCCUCUUGCUCAUCUGUCAAGCUGGAUCAUGCUGUGCUACUGGUUGGGUAUGGGACAGAGAAUGGAGAUGACUACUGGCUCAUAAAGAACAGCUGGGGAUCAUCUUGGGGGAUCGAUGGAUACAUGAUGAUGUCCAGAAACAAAAACAACAACUGUGGCAUUGCCACUGCUGCUAUUUUCCCAACUAACUGAACACUAUUGUAUCUGUCACUUUUCCCCUUCCCAAAUGAUUAUAAAGGAGUUUUAUGUUUUGUGUUUUUGAGUUGAUGAAUUCAUGAUGAUGA